AUGGUGCUGGUGUGUGGCCUGUGGGUUGUAGGGUUGGCCGUGGUUCUGCGGCCUUGCUCGGGUGCACCCUCACUCGCAGCCAAAUCCUGGCCCUCGAUGAAGACGUACGACAUCUGGGGACCACCGCGUGAUGGUGGCGAGUCAGGGGCAAGGUCGAGCAGCGAUUCCUUCGACCCAGUUUCGCGCCACAACGGUACAACCGGUUCCGGAGGGCGGCGUAGUCGGUACAGCUACGACGUCGAGCCGGGCGCUUCCUUCUACGGUGACGCAAGUCGAGCGAACGAUGGUUCGGCCACGGGAAGACGUUCCGCGAAAGUGUUGAACUUCCUGCCGGUGCCGGUCGAUGACGAGUGCCUUUCGGAUGAUGGACGUCGAACCGGCAUGUGCAUGAACGUGUACGAGUGUCGCAUCCAGGGUGGUACGGCUCGAGGCCAGUGUGCGCUUGGCUUUGGCGUGUGCUGUGUGUUCGUCGCCACCUGCAACGAAGAGAUCGUCAACAACAUCACGUACUUCGUGUCUCCAGCUUUCCCGGGGAUCGUGCCCAAAACCCUCGAGAGCUGCAAGCUACGCAUCAAACUCAUGAACCCCGACAUCUCGCAGCUAAAGCUUGAUUUCAUCCAUUUCGCGCUCGGUCAACCAAACCGCCGGACGGGCGUGUGUGAGGGUGAUCUUUUCCGGUUAGCCGGUGGAGUCUCCCCUUUCGACUUGUGCGGACAAAACUCGGGCCAACACCUUUACUACGAUCUGAGCCCAAAGAGCCGUGCCGACGAGCUGAUCGAACUGGAGAUGAAUUUCGCCUCGCGUUCGUUCGCCCAACGUCUGUGGGAAAUCCGCGUGUCUCAGAUCCCGUUCAGUCAACGAUCACCCACCGGUUGCAUGCAGUACUUCACAGGCACGGAGGGUCUCAUACAGACGUUCAACUUCGCUGAGAAUGGCCGGUAUUUGGCCAACCAUAAUUAUCGCGCUUGUAUUCGCCAGGAAAAGGGCAUGUGUUCGGUUGCGUACGAGCCUUGUGACGAUCAGUCCUUCCGGAUCGGGUUACCUGGGUCGGGAGGAUCUUUCGGUGGUGCUGGUGGUGGAGGUGUUCCAGCAGGACCCCUAGCUUCACCCGGGUUCCCUGGAGUCCCAGGUGCGACCGGAACGGGUCCAUUCUCCGAUCCAUCGCUGGCGGACGAUCCACUUGCUCCGGCGGCGGACAUUCCGGUGGAGACGGCUCCCAUCGCUGAUCCUGUCGUGGAAGCACCUCCAGAGGCACCUCCGGCAGCGGAUCUAGAACCAGCUGCAGAUGAACCUGUGGCGGCUGAAACAGACCCCGAGGAGGUAGCCGCCGAUGAUCCGGAGGCGGUCGCGGAUGAUGAAGGUUCCGGCGGUGGUACGGGUGGAUUUUUCGACGGGUUUUUUCCAUCGUUUUUCUCACGCAGCAUCUUCGACGAGGAUGGGGAUGAGAACGAUCGUAAGGAUGGCCGGCGACGUGGUCGUUCAGGACGGUUGCAAGGAUGGCAGAGCCGUCAGUUCGAGGGAAUAAAUUGUCUCGAUCGAAUCACGCUGCCGUGCAUUGUGGAAGAUUUCAUCGGUGUUGGGAUGGGUGAUUUGCCCACGUGCAGACCUGUGCACUGUGGGAAUUCGCUUUGUCCACCGGGAGUUUCACCGUGUCGCGUGGAAACGUCGGUGACUCCGUUUCGGUUGGGGAUACACUUUGGUGAGGGCAUUGAUCGGGGCAGCCCAGAAGACAAUAUAGGUGCGUGCAUCCGUUACAAUCAGAUUCCGUGCGCGGGAUAG